GGAUGAAGGGGGAUGAAAUCCGGGAUCAGGAGACGGAGUGGGGCGGGGUCGUUCCCAACAGCGACGGCACCUUCCACACCUGGGCCAGGAUCGAGGCGCGGCCGGAGGAGCGGGAGCAGUACCGGUGCCGGGUGGAGCAUCCCGGAAUGUCGGAGCCCGGGAUCUUCGCUUGGGAGCCGACAUCUGGCGGGAAUUUCACUGUGGUGGUCGCCGUGUCCAUCGCUGCCAUCAUCAUCCUCACUGCCCUCAUUGGAUUCGUCGUCUGGAGGCGCCAAUCCGGGAGGGGGGACAGGAAUAAAUAUAGCAUGGCAGCUGGAAAUGAUGUGGGGAAAAAGGCUUGAAUAGAGGUACAGAGCGGGAUCAGG